ACAGCGCCCGGGUGACAAGGGUGUGGGGGCUCUCAAUCAUGAAACUAGAUUACCAGUCUCUUGGCUAUGCACACUAUCACCCUAUUCAGGCAUAGAGAGGUAUCUUCAACUAGCACACGGAAACUUCGCCCUACACAACAGCGCCAAUAGACGGGCAAUGCAGCCUAAAUCACUAUUCAGACUAUCCUUUCUCGCCUGAAGAGCACUACAGUGUAUUUUUAGCCAACAUGGCUGAGGACAGCGAGUGGGUUGUGGAGAGCAUCGCUGGAUAUUUGGGAAGUCCUGAAUGGGUCAUUCCAUACACUGACUUCUUGGAAAACAAAUGCACAGUUUUUGAUGACGAUGAUGAAAAUAAAUUGACUUAUACAGAAAUCCAUCAGCAGUACAAGCAUUUGGUGGAGAAGUUGUUAGAAACCUACAUGCAAGAGGUUGGCAUCGAUGAGCAGCAGUUUUUGGAGGCCUGCUCCUCUCCUUUUGCCAAGUCCAAAACCUUACAGACUGUAUUCCAGCCCGUCCUGGCCACAGACGACUUCCAGAUGUUCAGGUCUCUCAUGGUGCAGAAGAACAUGGAGCUCCAGCUCCAGGCGCUGCAGGUCAUUAAAGAGAGAAAUGGCGCCCUGCCUGAGUGUCUCACAGAUGGAGCAGACGUGAUGAGUGAACUGGAGCAGCAGGAGAUGAAGAUUAUACAGGAGGUUCUGAAGAGGUCAAAGGAGGAUUAUGACCUAGAGAUGGCUCGCCGAUUGCAGUCAGAGGAGAUCGGCUCCACGUCCAGAAGCUGCUCCGAUAGGCCAGUUCUAGAGGCAGUCAGCAUCCAGAGGCCCACCUCCAUUCAACAUACCAACAAGCCCAAGGCUGAGGCGAAGGUGUGGGACAGUGGUAGCCACCAGCCCUCUGUCCCUCUGGUCAAUGGAAAUGCAACGGUGAACAGUACAUCUCCUCAGAGAGGGGAGCUGAAGGCUGCUGGAGGUAGUGGGCAGAUGAGUCCAGCCAAUACCAGCACAUCUCCCCCUUCUAAGUUGGCAUCAGAACCACGAGUCCUUCCUGCUGUGAGGGUUCCAGUGAAGGGCAUAGAGCUUCCAGCUGUCUCCAGGGAGAAGGGCAGCAGCCAGGCAGUAGAGGGCUGGAUAGAGGAGGCACGCAAGGAGGCUGGCAUCUCCAAGCCGUUCACAGAGUUGUCAGCAGAGCAGCAGGUGCAACUCCAGCAGAGGGCGCUGUACCUGCGGCAGCAGAGGGACAAACUUCAGGCCAUGAAAAGAGAGCAGAGACCCAAACCAGCCACACCAGAGGAACCCCCUGCCCCCACUCCCAGCACACCGGACUAUGUUCCUAAAAUGAACAGGGGUGGUGCUAGUAGUGUACAGGAAGAGAUGGUCAAUGCCUCGCAGCCUGCAAGCUCUCUCGUUGGGGGACAUAAACCCAAGGUGAUCUGGGUUGAAGUGACAACUGUCUCCACUUUGUAGUGCUGCUGCCCCGUGUGCUUCUACUCUUCUACUAUUCAGUCUAGAUCGCUGAAGCUUUAGACUGCGCAAUAUGAAAAGGGUAAUUUCCAAUUGAGCCGGCAUAUGCAGUCGCCACUAACAUCACUUUUAAAUCAGGCUGAACUUGGGCGAUACGGAUUGAAUAAAGCCCUUGCUGUAGUAGAUUUGUGACGCUACCGUUCAACAUUUGAUACACUU